AAUGACCUACACUAUUCGUGAAGAUCUUUUUGACACCCCUUUGUUUAACCCUGACCUUACCCUGUUCACUGACGGCAGCUCUUCUAGAAACCUGCAGGGCACCCUUGAUUCAGGUUGGGCUGUAGUUUCUUCCACUGACACCCUUCUUUCAGGUAAACUUCCAGACCACUUCUCUGCUCAACAGGCGGAGCUAGUGGCUCUCACUCAGGCAUGUACCUAUGCAAAGAAUAAAUCUGUUAACAUCUACACUGACUCUCGGUAUGCUCUAGGUGUCUGCCUUGAUUUUGGUGGAAUUUGGAGACAUCGCGAUUUCUUAACAUCUGCAGGCACCCCUAUUAAAAAUGCUUCCCUAGUAGAGGCUCUCCUAAAAGCUCUCCUUCUUCCUUCUACAGUUGCUAUUCUCAAAUGUGACGCCCAUACAUCUUCCAAAGACCCUGUGAGCCUCGGUAACGCAAGAGCUGAUACUGCAGCAAAAGCCGCUGCUGUGUCAGGAGCCCUCGCUCCCGUGUUGGCGACCUCAACACUGGUUUCUCCCAGCCCAGAUCCCUCCGUCCAUGACGUAGCUGCCUUACAAUUAGCUGCCGAACCCUUGGAACGAUCUCACUGGCAGACAAACUGUGUUCUUGUAAAUAAUGUAUAUUACUCUGUCGAUGGGCGCCCGUGUUGCCCUCAGUCGCUCCUCCCCUACCUCUUACAGACUGUUCACGGUGUGGCACACGUGAACAAAGGGGGGAUGGAAGCGAUAAUUAGACGUGUAUGGUAUGCAAAUAAUGUAUCCCAGGCAUGUGCUGAUUUUGUACAAAGAUGUGCCAUUUGCCAACAACACAACGUUGGAAAGACAACAAAAGUGAAACAAGCUGCUCAUCCUGCUCCACCAGGACCAUUUUCAAAUUUACAGAUUGAUUUUAUUCAAAUGCCAAAACACGGACGGUUUCAAUACGUCCUGGUCAUGGUGGACACAUUCUCAGGAUGGCCCGAAGCUUUUCCUACUGCAAGAGCAGACACAACAGCAGUAUCAAAAGCCUUACUCAAAGAGUUCAUUCCAAGGUUUGGCAUCCCAGUAUCCAUUAAUAGUGACAGAGGGACUCACUUUACUGGACAAAUAGUGCAAGAUGUUGUUACAGCACUAGGAAUCAAACACCACCUGCACACACCUUACCACCCACAAAGUGCAGGGAAAGUUGAAAGGUUGAACCAGACUCUGAAACUUAAACUAGCUAAAAUAUGUGCACAGACACAACUUAGCUGGCCGGAGGCUCUUCCUCUGGCUCUGAUGAGUAUCAGAGCUACUACUAGCAGACGUAAUCAUUUAUCUCCAUAUGAGGUGAUUACAGGACGUGCCAUGAGCACCCCAGGAUCUCUGGGCACUAUGAUAGUGCCUCAAGAAAUGGCCCUGAGACAUGAUAGUGUACUAAACUAUUGCAAAGCGUUGCACUAUGUUUUCUCAUCCAUUCACAAACAGGUUCGUGAAGGACAACCACAACCCCUGAACGAACCAGGACAUUCACUGCAACCAGGUGACUACGUGGCUAUAAAGAUCCACCAAAGGAAGACUGCACUGCAGCCCCGGUGGACCAAACCUUGUCAGGUUCUACUCGUCACUAACACCGCAGUAAAGGUCGAAGGUCGACCCACAUGGAUCCACGCAUCCCACUGUAAGAAGGUAACACCACCUGCUGCAACGGCUGACAAGACAGCAUUAGAGCGUUGA